CGAAAAUUAACAUAAAUUAAAUGAAAUAAUUAACGACAGUCGCGUCCCACAGCUGUGUCGAUAUUCGUGCAACUAUCGCAUGGGUUUGCCAUCGCCAAAAGGCAAAAAGUAAUUUAGGUAGGUAGCGAAUUUCUCCGCCCGUUUUGGUAAACCACCCCUAUAAAGGAUUUUUGACCGUCCUGCUGUUCUUGGGUAGAGCAGAGAGCCACAGGCAGAGCAGAUCAUCUGGCCAUGGCAACGACGUAAUUUCAGUUUUGAAAAUGCACUGAGAGCGAGCAGAAGCAGUAGAGCAAAAAAAUGACGACGACAACAGCAACGGACACAGCAACACCCACACCUGGCGCAGCCUCCCUGCUGCAGCUAAACGAUGAUGUCUUGGCCCUAAUCAUAUGGCACCUGAACGUGUACCAACAAUACGAGCUGGGCAGACUGCACCGCCGCCUGGAGAGCAUUGUGCAGAUGCUGUGGCGUACUCGAGUGCGGAAUGUGGCGCUGCACGAUGAGAUGUUCAAGCGUUCCAGCCCCAAUUCGCGACAGUUUCUGGCCUUUGUGCUGACCCUGGCACCGCACAUGCAGCGCUUGAGCUGCCAGCAGCUGGAUGUGCGGCGGCUGCGCCUGUUGAGCAGCCACACGCUGUCCGGUGUGACCAGCCUGGAGUGGCUGGGCGAUGGCCAUCGACGCGGUCGCGCCCGCUUUGUGGACGAGGAUGUGCGCCUGCUGCGGCGUGUGUUUCCCUCGCUGCGGAAACUCAAACUUCGUGGUUGCCAAAUUACCGGGAAGUAUCUUUGUGACUUGGAGCUACUCAGCGAGCUGUGCCUGGACGACUGCCAGUACCUGGAGUCGCAGCACUUUCGGGAUCUCUUUCGGCAGCUGAAACUACGAAAAUUUGACAUUAUGGAGGACUGCGAUGAGGUCAACUGCUGCGAUUUGGUGGAUUUGCAGCUCUGCCCCACGCUGGAGCACAUCAAAAUCGCCGACUAUCACCUGUGCAUGGAGUCGGACAUUACGCAGCAACUGCUGCAGCUGCCGCGCCUCAACAAGCUCUCCAUUUACUCGAAGAACUUUGUGUUUGAUGUGCUGUCGCGCAUAGCGCGUCCCAGCUAUCCCACGGGAGGAGCCAGGCUAAUUGAAGGCUUCCGCUUCAGCGGUAUACUUCACGACUACGAACGGUUCUUCAGGGAGCUGGGAAAUCUGCGGAAUCUACGAAGACUCGAGAUGCACGGCCAUGGCGAAGAGGAUGGCCAGCUGCAGUGCCUGGGCGACCAAAUGUUGCGCCAGCUCUCCACCACACUCCCAGAGCUCACAGAACUCCACCUGUGCGGCUAUCAGCUGGAGAGUCCCUUAGGUCUGCUUGGCUUUGUCACCCAUUGUCGCUCGCUAAGAGUCUUGGACAUCACACGCACAAGCUGCCAUGGCGAUGCCUUUGUCUGGAGCUGUCUGAACAUUCUCACCAAGCAGCGUUGGCGCACACAGACGCUGGAGCUGUGGAUACGCAAGAGUGAUAUUAAACCAGAAAUAAUGGAGAGUCCCCGUCUGCUGGACAAUGAGAAACACAUCAAAAUCGAUUGCAAGCAGUUACCAAAUAGCCAGGAUCACACUUCGGGGGUGCUCAAGUUCAGCUUUGCGAGAUGAUCCCCACCAAAGCCAAACGCGAACGCAAAACCAAACCCAAACAUUAGCGGCGAUCAUCGAUUGUUGUGCCUAAACCUGUGCCCUAGGUGUGUUGAUAAGGCGACAAUUGAUUCAAGACUGAAAUAAUUGUGAAAUGUAUGUGUUUACCUGAUACCCUGAAGCCCCACACAGAGGAUCGAUUAAGACGUUUUAAACAUAACUUUAAUCCAUGCUUGUGUCUUUAUUCAUCAUAAAUCCAUUCCAUCUACAAUUAUAAAUAAAUAAACUGCAA